CUCAAAGUGUUCACAACAUAUUCUUCGCUAAAACAGUGCUGCUGCCGUUUAUUACGUGAUAUAUUUUUUUCUAAGAAAAAAAAUUUAACAAAAGUGAAACAAAACAUACGGUUAACCAAACGUGUGAAGAGUACAACCAUAUAUAUACGUACAAGCAUAAACGAGAAAGAAAAAAAUUUUCCAUUUGUUCUCAAACGCAAACACCCGUGUAAAAAAAUUGUAAUUUUAAAUUGAAAUUUCUAUUGUUAAACAGUGAAAAUAAUUGAAAAUUCCAUAAUUAAAAAAUAAUUUAAUAUUUUUAUUAACGUUUUAUAAUUGUUUUGUGUGCGGAUGCCUCUAGAAAUGCCCGAAAAUUCAUGAUUAAAAUUAAAGACAUCUGAGAUGCAUCAAACAUGAAUGAAGGUGAGUCAGCAGGAGGGGGGCAUCAAGGGUCUAACCCGGCCCCUCCUGCUGUGCCAGACCGCAUAUCAUCAACAACAACAACAACAACAAAUAUUGUAACAAACUCUAUAAAAACCACGUCAAAUAUAGCUAAUCAAAGCUCCGGGACGACGUUGACUACAACACCUGUUGUUGCUUCUGCACCAUUACAACAGCAGCCACAACAACAACAGCCACAAGUAACCAGUCCAAUACCAAGAAGUUUUCAACAAGCUUUCGCUCAACAGCACUUACAAAUUUCCGAUACAUUACCAUUAAAUACCAGCUCCAUAUCAUCAUCAGCAUCAUCAUCAUCGUUAACCUCAUCGCCAUCAGCAAUUAUAAAGACGGCUAAAACAGGAAUACAAAUAACGUCACCGUCUAAGGGUCAUAUGCCUCAAACGCCAAUACGAACAACAACGGAUCUAACAGCUGCUACUGCUACAAAUCAAAACUCAGCGACUACGACGCAACCACAACAAGAACACCCGCAACAAUUAAGUUCAUUCCCUGGCUCAUUAGCAGCUAUCAAUACUGAUAACACAAUAAAUUCACCUCUCAGCAAACGUAAAAAAUUAGACGAAGCUCAUUUGCAACAACUGCAAGAAAAUCAUACAAUUUUAUCAGCAGCCGGCAUUAGCGGUGUUAGUAGUUGUAGUAGUAAUACAUCUUUAGUAGGUUCUUUAUUGCCAACAGCAACAUCAACGCUAACCUCAACGUCCACUUCUUUAAUAAGCAACAGUUCAUCAUUAGCAUCGUCUUCAUUAACAGCAUCUUUAGUAACAGCAACGGUAGCAGGAGCAGCAGUAGUACCAACAGCAACAACGCAUGAUAUACAAAACUUAAAGAAACGUAUAUUAGAACAGAAAUAUUUACGUUUACGUAGAUUAAAGGAAAAACAUACUGAAAAUGUCGCCGAAUUGUUUUAUUUGCAAACCGGUGGCAAUAUGAUGGACUAUCCUACGUGGCGUAAAAAAGCACCUACCCCACAGUUCAUCACCUUUAGCAAUGCCUAUCGUUUGGAACAAUUGGUUAACGAUGAAAGAACAGCAGCAACAACAACAACAACAGCAACGACCGCUACAACAGGAACGCCAACAUCAACACCAUCAACAGCAGCUGCAGCAGCAACAGCUAUUAAUGUUGGUGCAACGGCAGUUUCUUUACUACCACAACACCAGCAACACUUACAGUCACAACAAUCAAUACCAGUUGCUGAUAAUAUAGCUACAAUUAUUGGUGUGUCUGGUGGUGGUGGUGGUGUUAGUAAUAUUAGCAGCGGCAAUAAUGCUAAUCAUACAACCAACACAACACAACAAACGAAUACGCAAUCUCAUCCAACAACAUCCUUAAUACAAAGCUCAUCAUCAUUAGCAGCAGUAACAUCAACAUCUGCAACAACCAUCUCUUCAUCCUCCUCCUCCUUAACAGCAAAUACUUCAUUGGUCUCAAAUUAUGGACGUCUGCCAAGCAGUACAACCAACAAACAACAUCCAAGCAACGCAACAUCGUCAACUGUAUACUCAACUUCCAGCUCCUCCUCCUCCACAACAUCUGCCUCUUCAAACGCAUCUACGCCCAAUAUACAACAACAGACAUUAACGGCCACAGAUGCCAGUGGUAAUCCAUUGCCUCCUCAAGGAGCGGAAAUAAAAAUACCUGCUGUUGGUGCUACACCAGUGGCAGUGUCAACAAAACUACCAGCAGCCGUACAACAAUUAACACAACAAGGUCACAUUCCGGGUAGACCUUUAGGUGGUCGUCACGGGAUGGUAUUUGGUCAAAUACCCGCCCCACCUGCUGUAGGAAAUACUACUGUACCUUUGGUGCCAGGUGGUACACCAUUGAUACCCUGCAGUAUAGCGCAAGGUUCUACAACAUUACGGCGCAACGGUAAUGGCGUGGUCGCUAGUUCAAAUACUCCUCCGCCCUUGUAUUCUCCGACACCCAGUGGUUUAUUGGUGCCUGCGGGUUCGGCAAGUGCGGCAACUGCAGCGGCUGCUGCUGCUGCUGGCUCGUCAGCGGCCACUACACCAAAUAGUAAUCAAGAGUUUUCCUUUAAGGCUAAACAGGAAGUGGAUGUUAUGCGUCGUAUUAUGGAAUUACAACGAGAGGGAUUAUGGACUGAAAAACGUUUACCAAAACAAAUGGAGCCACCACGGCCAAAAGCCCAUUGGGAUUAUUUGCUAGAAGAAAUGGUUUGGUUGGCAGCAGAUUUUGCGCAAGAGCGUAAAUGGAAAAAGGCUGCCGCCAAGAAAUGUGCCAAAAUGGUGCAGAAAUAUUUCCAAGAUAAAGCCAAUGCUGCUCAAAAAGCCGAAAAGGCCCAAGAGUUGCAUCUUAAGCGUGUGGCGGCUUUCAUAGCCAAAGAGGUGAAAAUGUUUUGGGGCAAUGUAGAAAAACUGGUGGAAUAUAAACAUCACACGAAAAUCGAGGAGAAACGUAAAAAGGCCUUGGAUCAACAUUUGUCAUUUAUUGUCGAUCAAACGGAAAAGUUUUCACAACAAUUGGCGGAGGGUAUGAAUAAGACCAUAAAAGAUGCUUCAACAAAUCCCAGCAUAAAUUCAAGUCGUAUAUCGUCACCAAAAAGAGAUAAUACAGAUGAUGAAUUUCGUCCGGAUUCUGCUUCUGAGGAUGACGAAGAGACUAUAGCCAAAGCCGAGGAAGAAGACAAUGCUGAUGUCGAUGCAGAAGUGGCAGCUUUAGAAAAAGAAUCUCAAAUGGAUUUGGAUGAUUUCCUUAAAGAUUUGCCCAAAGGCUAUUUGGAAAAUCGUGAUAAAAUUGUGCUGGAAGAGGAUACCACAACAACCUCAUCUGGAGCUGCUACUUCAGCCAGCAAGAAAGAUACCGACAGUGAUGAUGGUGAAUUUGAAGCGAAUGAAACCAGUGAAGAUGAUGAGAAUACUAUUAGUAAACAAGAGGAAGAAGAAAUGGAUGUAGAUCAUCAAAAAGAAAUCGAUGAACUAGAGGCUGACAAUGAUUUAACCGUUGAAGAACUAAUGGCUAAAUAUAAAUCUGGACAAGUCGAUAAUGACACAAAAGCCGCCAGUACAUCGAAUAGAAAAAUUAAAAAAGUGGUGGAUUUCGAAGAUGAGGAUGAAGUUAUAAGUCGAGCCAUGCGUGAUUCCGAUGAUGAUUCUACGGCCGAUGAAGAGGAUGAGUCCGAUGAGGAAGAAGUGGAAACCGACAGUGAAGAUGAAGAAGAAGAGGAUGAAAAUACCGAGGAAACGGAAGAAAAUGAACAGGAUGCAGGCUUAAAAAGUCUGCUAGAAGAUUCAUCUAAUGCCAACAAUAGCAGUAAAGAUGAUAUGAUCAAAGAUGCUGCCGCUUUGGCUGAAUCGUUACAGCCCAAAGGCAAUACCUUAUCCUCCACUAAUGUCGUUACACCAGUACCCUUUCUACUCAAACACUCUUUACGUGAAUAUCAACACAUUGGUCUCGACUGGCUGGUAACCAUGAAUGAACGCAAACUUAAUGGCAUUUUGGCCGAUGAAAUGGGUUUGGGUAAAACCAUACAAACUAUUGCUCUCUUAGCUCAUUUAGCCUGUGUCAAAGGUAACUGGGGUCCCCAUUUAAUAGUGGUACCCUCCUCGGUCAUGUUAAAUUGGGAAAUGGAAUUUAAAAAAUGGUGUCCUGGUUUUAAAAUACUCACCUAUUAUGGUUCACAAAAAGAACGUAAACUUAAACGUGUCGGUUGGACUAAACCCAAUGCCUUUCAUGUGUGUAUAACUUCCUACAAACUGGUGGUGCAAGAUCAACAAAGUUUCCGUCGUAAAAAAUGGAAAUAUCUUAUAUUGGAUGAGGCUCAAAAUAUUAAGAAUUUUAAAUCACAACGUUGGCAAUUGCUAUUGAAUUUUUCAACGGAAAGACGUCUGCUGCUAACCGGCACUCCUUUGCAAAAUGAUUUAAUGGAAUUAUGGUCUUUAAUGCAUUUCCUUAUGCCCUAUGUUUUCUCAUCACAUCGUGAAUUUAAAGAAUGGUUUUCCAAUCCAAUGACCGGUAUGAUUGAGGGUAAUAUGGAGUAUAAUGAACAGUUAAUACAAAGGCUGCAUAAGGUAAUUAGACCCUUUUUGCUGAGACGUUUAAAGAAAGAAGUUGAAAAACAAAUGCCCAAAAAGUAUGAACAUGUGGUCAUGUGCCGUUUAUCAAAUCGUCAGCGUUAUUUGUAUGAUGAUUUCAUGAGUCGCUCCAAAACUAGAGAAACCUUGUCUACGGGCAAUUUAUUAAGCGUUAUUAAUGUUCUUAUGCAAUUGCGUAAAGUUUGUAAUCAUCCCAAUAUGUUUGAAGUUCGUCCCACAUUGUCACCCUUUCAAAUGGAGGGUAUUUCAUAUGAAACGUCACGUUUAAUAUGUGAUCUAAUGGAAUAUGAUCCAUUUACGCAAAUUGAUUUGCACUCUCUUAAUUUGUUACUUGUUGAAUUGGAACUUACACUUACUGCGUAUGUGUCCCACAAAUCACGUUUACUGGCAGCGCCACGUAAAUUAAUCGAAGAAAUCGAUACCAUACCCGAACCGCCCCCAAGAUGCCCAACAGGAAAAUAUAAAUUCCAUAUACGUGUUAGAGAUGUAAAGGUACAACAAAGUAUCAAUACACAUGCCAGACAAACGGUUAAGGUGGGUGCCAGUCCGGCUAUGCGCAAGGAAGGCAAUAAAUUUGUGCCAGUUAAUCCGGCACUGGCCACAAUGCCAGCCGUUGGAGCCGGCAUAGGAGAAACAACUAAUAGUCGUAUAGGCAAACGCAUAAAUAAUGUUAUAAAUCCAGUGGGUACACCCAAACUUGGACCAAUAACACCGGCGUGCAUCACCACCAGAUCUCGAGAUGUUUCUAUGACCGAUGUUACAAUGGGACCAACCCCAGCUAAACAGUUGAAGUUACAGGACACCAUUAAUGGUGAGACCUUGAAGACAACAGUUAAAACAGAAUCAACCAGAGAUGACAAAAGUCUGGUGGCGGCUUUGGCGCAACAGGUUAAAACCAAUAGUUCGUCUAGACUCAAUGAGGAAAUAACUGUUAAGACUGAACCCAAGGAUGAUAUAGAGGAUGAUACUUCAUCUGAAUUGGAUCCCAUUUAUAAUAUGAGCGAUAUCUUACAACAGCGUAAAGAACAACGAUUGGCACGUCUCAAACUAAUGGCCAAUGUCAAUAAGAGACGCACCGAGGCUACACCCAUUUAUGGUGCUGAUUGUCGAGAGUCCAUAGAACAAUGCAAAGAAGCCAGUAAUCUUUUGAAAUACUCCAGUUGGCAAACGAGAGGUUUAACAAAUUGUUCAACAGCCAUGGCAAGACGUCAUGAUAAUUGGACCUUAAAUAAAAUGUUAAAAUCCUACGAACAGCGUUGUGAAGACCUUAAGCAAAUAUUUCAAAAUUUUGUCAUUUAUGUACCGUCCGCCUGUGCUCCCCGCAUACGUUUCUAUGUUAAUAACUUAACGUCCAGACGUUAUUUGAAAGAACAGCAAGUCGAGAGCACUAUACAACGUGAAAUGUCACCUAAACUGACCAUGUUGCAUCCCAUUAUAUCGGCCAUGACAACACAAUUCCCCGAUCCUCGUCUCAUACAAUAUGACUGUGGUAAAUUACAGACCAUGGAUCGUUUGUUGAAACAAUUAAAGUCGGGUCAUCAUCGUGUUUUAAUCUUUACACAAAUGACUAAAAUGUUGGAUGUUUUAGAAGCCUUCCUCAACUAUCAUGGUCAUAUCUAUUUACGUUUAGAUGGUGCCACUAAAGUAGAGCAAAGACAAUUGCUUAUGGAACGUUUCAAUACCGACAAACGUAUAUUCUGUUUUAUUUUAUCAACACGUUCGGGAGGUGUAGGUAUUAAUUUGACUGGAGCUGAUACUGUGAUAUUUUACGAUUCAGACUGGAAUCCCACCAUGGAUGCUCAGGCGCAGGAUCGCUGUCAUCGCAUUGGACAAACCAGAGAUGUACACAUCUAUCGUUUAGUUUCCGAAAAGACCAUCGAAGUCAAUAUACUCAAGAAGGCCAAUCAAAAGCGUAUGCUUAGUGAUAUGGCCAUUGAGGGUGGUAAUUUUACCACUUCAUUCUUUAAGAGUUCCACCAUUAAGGAUCUCUUUAAUGUGGAAACACAACAACAGAUGGGUGAUAACAACAGUAAUGCAACAACUUCUACUGCAGCUCAACAGGAGGCAUAUGAUAAACCUACUACAUCUACGGCGGCAUUAGAAAAUCCUGAAGUUGAUUUGGAAAAACAAUCUCUAAAAGCAUUUGAAAGCGCUUUAGCUGCUGCCGAAGAUGAACAGGAUGUUCAAGCCACUAAAACGGCUAAGGCAGAGGUGGCUGCAGAUUUAGCUGAAUUUGAUGAAAACAUUCCGUUGGAUGAAACCACAACAGCGGCCGAUACUAAUGUUGAACUUAGUAAGGCCGAUUUGGAAAUGCAAAAUUUAGUUAAACAGCUCUCACCCAUUGAACGUUACGCCAUGCGUUUUGUGGAAGAAACUGGCGCGGCUUGGACAGCAGAACAAUUGCGUGCUGCCGAAGCUGAGCUAGAGGCCCAAAAACGAGAAUGGGAAGCUAAUCGUUUGGCGGCUUUGCAAAAAGAAGCUGAAUUGCUGAAACAAGAGGAGAGUGCUGAAGAACCCCUAACCUAUUCACGAAAGGAUGCAACAAAUCAGAUCUGGAUUUCGGCCAAUACCAUGGAACAAAUGCCGAUGUGGUGUCCACCUACACCGCCGCAAGAUAACGAUGACAUCUACAUCGAUUAUUCGCUCAGUUUUAUGUACGAUGUAGAGCCGAUACCAGAGUCCGAAUUGCCGCCGGUAUACGUUAAGAAAGAAUACAAACGUUCUCGUUCGGAGGCCGGAUUCAUGAUCGAUGGCAAUAAGCGACCGGCAAAAAUACGUCGUGAAGAAAUGUUCUGUGCGCCAAGAUCACUCUUCGAUAGACCAUCGCCGGCUAUAGCGAAAAUAAGAAGAGACUUGAAGAAUCAACGUUAUCGCGGACAAUUCAAGCCAAAUGUACAAAUACCCGGCUUAAAACCACAAAUGCCGCAAAAACCUUUAACGGAACCCGAAGGAAUGGCCGAAUGGUGUAUAUAUGAAGAUAUAGCCAUACUGCAUGUUUUGGUUAAUUUACAGGGAUUACCCUGUAAUUUAAUGUUGCUCUCUCCCGGCCACACACCCAAUUGGGAUUUGGUGGCUGAAAUUGUAAAUACCUACUCGAAGACGUUUAGAUCGGCGAAACAGUGUAGAUGGCGUUAUGAAACUACCAUACAGCCGCGUGAAGAAGGUAAACUGGUGGAAAGUCCCAAGAAACAGAAAAAGCUAAAGACUACAUUAAAAACGGAGUAUCUUAAGAGUCCCUUGAGAUGUCUAAGAACUACACAAAACUAUGCGAACGAUAAUAAUGCCACGUUCACUAAGAUUAUGCGUUCUCGUUUCGAUUGUAUUAAGACGGCUUAUUUGAAAAAGGCUCCACCACCGAAGAGACACUUCAACACACCCAGCUCCAUGAAUCCCAAACAUAUGGAGGUUUUGCAGGAAUUCGGUAUAGUUAAUUAUGAUCAGCCUAUAUCACCACAAAAUAUAGCCAUCAUGAGAGCGAAUAAAUUGCGUGAAAAACAAAGAUCACAAUGUCCACCACCACCUCCACCAGCUGCCACACAGGCUCCACAAGUAUGUCAAGCUGGGCAACAGCAGCAGCAGCCACAAACAUGUGGCGUCACCACUGCAAAUACGGUCAACAUAGUGCAACAACAAAGUAAUCAAACAACAUCACACUUGCAAGAAUUGGUGCAGCAGCAACAACAACAACAACAGCAGCAGCAACAUUCCCAGCAAGUGCAGGUGGCAACAGCUCCUCCUGGUCUGCAUACUCAACAGUUACAGAUCCAUCAAUUAUCUUCGUCAGGUGGAGUAGGACAACAGCAGUCUCAACAGCAGACAGCUACUGCUAUUGUGCUCCAGCAUGCCGGCAAUUCCGGCCAACAGUUGCAGCAACAACAGACUGUUGUUAGUGGUGGUGUGAACCAAACUAAUCAACAGCAUUUGCUAAGACAACAUGGCACUCCCACCACCACACAGAUUGUUAAAGCUAUUGUGGCUCCCCAAUCUGGUCUACUCACCACCAGUCAAAUGCAACAAUUACAGCAACAAACAAAUAAUUCACAAACAAAUUCGGGACAAACACAACAUGUGCAAUUGCAGCAGCAGACAUCAGGCGGUAAUUUAGUGGCCACACCAGCUUCAGUUUCCGUUGUGCUAACCACUCCUGUACAAACCAUCUCCUCGACAGUAACAAAUCAGCAGCAACAUCAUGGCAAUCAAGUUUCAUCGUCUACCGCCCAAAUUGUAUCACUCUCACCACAACAAACUAUAGUGUCGAGCUCACCUCAGGUGGGCAGCAUAGUGCAGACUCAAUCCCUACCACAAGUGGUGUCUGUAUCACAACUUGCCACCGUGGGCACGGUGUUAACUACAUCCAGUGGUAUGCAGCAGCCUACUGCUACAGUAACCACUCUCAACACAUCAGCUUUAAGAGCACAACGUAUAGUAGCCGCCUCCAGUGGCACAACUCUACAGGAUGUGGUCUUGCAACAAAGAUCUGCUGGCAAUCCCAGCCCUACCAUUGUCUCUAUGUCUAGUUUGGGCACUAAUGUGGCACCAGCACAACUGCAAGCCACACAAUUCCAAUUGGCUUCUAUGCCUAGUGGAACACAGCAGGUGGUUACUAAGGGAAUACGAGUUAGCUCCCUGCAACAAGGUCAGAAAAUUGCAGCUGCUGCUCAGGCGGGCAAUAACCAACAGGGCCAACCUCACACCCACAUACAACUCUAUAGACAGCGUCAACAGCUUAAAGUUUUACAAGCUGGAGCCCCUGGCCAGCAAGGUCAACAGACAGUGGUGCAAACAGCCUCUGGGCAGACAGCUCUUGUCAAUGCACAAGGCACCAUAAUACAGGGAAGUCUUAUGCAAACAGGUUCUGGACCCACCACCGUACAAGUUGUACAGGGACAAAAGGUGGCGGUAGCAACAUCAAAUGUAGCCGUUACCACGCCUAGUGCCACUGGAGUGGUAACCACAGUAGCAGCUUCACAAGUCCAUCAACAACAGGCCCAACAGACCAGAGCUCAAUUUAUAAAACAAGUAGCCGCGGCUACAGGCAAACAUACCAUAACCCGGCAAGUGGGAGAAAGUGAUAUGUUGCUGGUCAAACGACAAAUGAUAUCAGCUGCCACUCAGCAAAAAGCAGCCCAGGUUUUGCAACAGGGAGGACAGAUAUUCACCACAACCACGGCUCAAGGCAUACAAUUGCAACAGAGCUCGGUAUCAUCAGCACAAACCUCAACAUCUGUGCAGCAGCAGGGUAAUACCCAGCAAGUGGUGCAACAAGUAACUCCUCAACAAAUUGCUACCCUAGUUAAGACCUCAGUGGCCACCUCUGUAGCUGGAAGUGGUAAUCAAGGCAUUACUGUCAACACCGGUCAACAGCAAACACAAAACACCGUCAACAUGGCCCUCUCCCAACUCAAACCGGGCGGGCAAAUCAAAGUGACCAUGGCAAAUCAAUCACAAAUGCGUCAAUUGCACAUGCAACAACAACAGCUUGCUAUGCCACGCAAGAUUUCGCGAAUGACACAAAUACAAGCAGCCCAGGCUGCUAAUCAACAACAGCAGCAGCAACAACAACAGCAAAAUACUAACAUAACACAGUCGAACAAUCCCCAACAGCAGCAGGGUGCACAGGUUACACAGAAAACUUCAUCAGCGGGCGGUGCUAGCUCUUCGAAUACGGGCAGCGUACAAACGCAAUUGGUUCACAUUCAAAAUACCAAGUCUCUGCCUAGUUCGGUUACUGUCCAGCAAAUUCAACAGGUCAUGCGUCAGGGUCAACAGGGUACGUUGGCAACCGCUGGUUUUGUUUUGGGUAAAACGAGUGUGGGCCGUGUGAUACCCGUCUCGGUGGCAUCGCAGCCCAAUCAAAGGCAAACAAUACAGGUUGUUUCGGCCGCUUCAGCUCAAGCACUGGCUGCUGGUAACUUAAGAGCCCAUGUGGCAGGCGGACAAAAUAUAGCAGGCACUAUUAAAAUACCAACAUCCGGCUCACAAUCUCAAACACAACAGGCCAUCAUAACGGCAAUACAACAGCAAGCUGCUGCACAACAAAGUCAACGACAAAACGCUAGCCCUGUACGUUUACAAACGACGGCUGGUGGCAAUUUAGUGGCUGUCGUACAGCAGCAAUCUUUACAACAGCAACAACAACAGCAGCAACAGCAAAACGUUGUGGUAAGUUCAUCGAGUGGUGUAUCAGGCAAUAUGAACACCUCGAAUGUAACACAAGCUGAAAUAAUGACGAUAACACAAACAUCAGCGGGAGCAACGAUGACAUCAUCGUCUGGUCAACAGCAACAACAGCAGCAAGGAGGAACUAGCCAACAGUCGGCCACACAACAAGUGCGCACGUUGGUUAAAAAGAAAAUCAUGCAAAUUCGCAAUGAAAAUAAAGAUUAAAUCGCAUAAAAUUAUUACAAUUUCGUAAUUUCACCCUCAAACAAAGUCUUCGAUCUCUCUCACUUCAUUUUUUUUUU